AUGGAGGCUCAGUCACUCGCCCAUCUGAAUCUGCUGGCGGCGAAUCCCCCCCAGUAUCCAGAAAAUCCGUCAGAAGAAAUACAGCAGCCCUUGACCCUCUAUAUAUCCAGAGUCCCGGGCGUCAGAGACGUCAUUCUUUCAACCUUCAAACCUCGGCUCAAAAAUGUCACGCUCGAAGAUGUAAACAGCAGUCUCUACUAUGUUCAUCUCGAGCUCCCCAUGCUGGGCAUGAACGCCCCCCAGCCACUGAGAGACGAGUCCCAAGGCAGAUCAAGCGAGGAGAGCUAUAUGACGAGAAAUAUUGCCCGGAAGCCGGUGCCUGGCGUCUCGUCCCAAGCCCCGGAGAUUUCGAUACAAGGGGAUCAGCUACAGUAUCCCCCAAGCAUACACGGUGACCCAUCGCGGGGGCCUCCGAAUGAUCUCAGUGCACCCUUCAACGCGCAGGACGCCGACUAUGCGCCCCCGCUGCCUCCUAGACGCUUCGAAGACUCAGGGCUGGGACUCUCAGACAGCUCCUCCGAGCUGAAUCCCCAACUGGCGCCUCAGCAGCCACGCGCAGCUGCUCCCAGACGCAAGCCCGUCGGGCCAAGGCAGCAGAGUGAUGUUGCCCAAAGCCGACUCUCCAUGGACGAAACGGCGCGAUCUAGGGAUCCAACCAGAGACGGAGCAUAUAUCGCCGGCCAUACAAGACAGAGCCGCUCACUGUCUCCUUUGAAGAGCACCGAUUCGUCUACGCCACCCUUCACCUUGGACCUCAUAAGAAGGGAUCCAGUCAGGGGUGACCAGUGGAAUGUGGGCAAGAUCUUAUCAUACGAGAACCCCCUGGCUGGGGAGGCCGGGCAGUCUGGCGCAUAUCUAUCAACCUCGCCAGAACGACGCCCUCCGCAGCACCCAUCCAUCGACAUACAUAUUCAGAAUGCAGGAUACGCCAAGUUCCGUACGAGGCCGUCGAGCGCUAUGCGUCCUAGGAGGAGCAUGGAUGCCGAUCGAUCCUUGGCGGACAUGGCAGGCUCGCAAGACGGCCACAAUUUCUAUCGACAGGUCACCAUGGCCUACUCGCGAAGCCUGGGCUCUGCCAUGCGAUCCAAGUUCCACCAGGUCGGGCAGGCAGUGCGGAAGAAGGCGCACAACCGAGAGGGAAGCGAGGCCUCGGUCAAUUCGUUUAGCUCGGGAGAGAACAAGAGCGGGUCGCCGACAUCUUCACGACCCGACAAGAUGAAGCCGCGGGGGUACACCUUUACGAGCCCCUGGGGCGGCAGAUGCGAGUUUCGCACGGGCAAUGGCGGCCGGAGCCUGCUGUGCUACCAUUUCCUCCACGAGGGCGAAGUUGGAGCCUUUAACCCGCUGGUCCCCGAUUCCAACCCGUCCAAGUCCACGUCGGCCGUCGUCAGCGAGCUGCGCUUCAACCUGCCGGGCUCCGAUCUGUUUCCCACGGUUGAUUCGCCCAAAGGCGAUGGUGAGAACCGCCUGGGUCAUUUCGGCAAAAUCAUCAAGUCGGCCAUGGACCGCUCUGACUACAGAGACGAUGACGAUGUCAUGUCACCGUUCGACUUGAACAUUGGCGGCGAGAGAGCAGGAGGAGGCAAUCGCGGCACGCGGGCCAAGCUGGGGAAGCUCAUCAUCUACCAUGAGGGGCUGAAGAUGCUGGAUCUGCUGGUGGCGGCCAACAUGGGCGUGUGGUGGGGGUCCUGGGAGAAGAGUUUCUGA